CUUCGAUGACCUAUAAAAAACUUAUACCGGGCUCACCGGUAUACACACUACACAUUAUCCUUCACGGCGACAAGUUAAAAGUGAAACCCGCGGAUUAAACAAAAAACCCGCAUUCGCCGUGAGUUGUCGGAAAACUAUUUGGCCAUCUGUGACGGUUCGUUAGUUGUUGAACUCGGUGCUUCGAGGCAAGACCACUGCGAUGGGUCUCAAUUUGUUAGGACUUCACGUACUAAUUCUAUCCAUCGGCAUUUCUUCCGGCUACCACCGGUACAGCCACUACCGGCCACGACAUAUACCCAAAGAUUACAAUUACCCGGAUGACAGUGAUCAUUCAUCGAUAGCAGAAGAAAGUCAUGCAUUUGCAGAAGCAUCUUCUUCAGCAGAAGCAUCAUCUUCAGAAGAAGAUGAGCCAGAACAAGAUGUACUAAACAUUGCUGAUCUAUUUAAACAAUUAAAUCAACAAAAUAAUCAAUAUCAUCAAAACUCAGACGCUGAUGAAACACCAAACGAUGGAAGAGCAAAUCGGCCCAUCAACAACUACGAGGUUACGGAGCAUGUAGAUGAUAUCCCUAACCCAAUGUCAAUAAGACCGAUAGUCGCAAAUUUUUCAACUGCAAGACCUUUAAAUUUUGCAGGACCUGCUAGAGCAAAUCUUAGCGGAGCCAACCGCACUCCCAACAACAAACGUACCGUUCCAGAAAAUCAUGAUAACGUUCAAUAUACUCACCAAGAUUUCUACAAUUUCGAUGAUAUCUUACCAGAUAUUAAAGAGUCAUUUGAAGGAGUCAAGACGAGUUUAGCGAGUGGACUGAACAACUUAAAAAAUAAAGUUCUAAACAAAGUUAGUGUACCUGCAACAUUUUUAAAUGGAAUAUAUAGUAAAGCCAAUGAUGUCAUUAAUAAAGUUAACCAAUAUUUCGAUUUCAAUGAUAGAGACGUUCACAAUUUCGAAACAUUUUAGAAAAGUUUUCAAUUUGAAAGUCAUUUAGAGUACAAUUAAUUUAAAUUACAGUAAAUUAUGUUAAGGUCCUAAUUUUGUGUUUCAUUAAUAUAACCAUUAAUUUAGGACUUUAUCUUGAUAAAAAAAUCUUGUUCUUCAUUUUGAGGUAAGACAAACUUUUACUGUAAAUGUUCCAGGUCACAUGAAACCAAGACAUGAAGGAGACCUACACCCAAAGGCUAAAGACAAGCUGAAGUGAGGGAAACAGAGUUCUAUAUGAAUAAUAUAAAUUAUCUUAAAGUCUUGUCAUAUUACUUUACUAACCUAGUGCUGAAUGUUGUUGGAGACUAAAAAAUAACACAAGUUUGCAAAGAUCCAUGCCUCACUGGAUAACUACCUUUCCUUGCCCUUAUCCUAAAGGCCUCUUUAAUGCUGAGUUGAAGCAACCUUACCUAAUAUAGGAAGUUAAUACUUUAUAUUUUAAUUUAAUUCCCUAGAUUCCUUCUUUUCUUCAGUUGUCUGUUCUACCUCACAAAAAGCAAAGAAAGGAGAUUGCUCAAAUUGGCCUAAAUACACAAAAAAUAUUGACAUAUACGGUAAUUCUUGGCGUAAUUUAUACUUUAUUUUACAGUCAUUAGAUUUUGUAUAAUAUAUUCUUUUUAAAAAAGACUUUAAAUUUUACCGGUUUGGAAAACAUACGAAUCAUUUUUAAUGGCUAUGGGUGUAGUAACAUUCAGCCAAAGUAGUAAGUAAGUUGUUUAUAUAAUAACAUAAAAUCAAAUCUAUUUUGUAUAGAUCAAUAAAAUAAAACAUUUUUUUUUAUUACACUGUGGUAUUAAUAUCCACAACCACAAUUAUAUUAUCAUUUACACUA